CGCACCUGCCUAAAUCCGCACUGUCGUUUAUCAAAAUCCAUACUGUAUUUAAUUUUUACGGCAUCCGUGACAUGCAUUAGUUUUCGCACAACGCAAAAUGUGUUUGAGCUCUAUUACUUUAAGGUACAUAAGAUUACAGCUUGAGGUCUGCUAUAUGGAUUACACAUAAGCCAUUCGAUGUUGCAAGAAGAUUAAAUUUUCCAAGGUAUAUUUUGGAGCCUGGAAAGAAUCAUGCUUAAUUUUAGAAAGAAAAGAAUUAUGCUUGAAUUCACCAAAAAAGAAACCAUUGACAUUGAAAGUUCCAGUAAAGUGGCUUCAGCCUGCUUGUUAAGUCCAACAUUGGUGGAAUGUUCAGAAAGUAUGUGUGGAAAUGGAGAGUUGGGAGAGAAAGGGGUAGAAAAAAAACUAGAAUGUCCCGAUUCAAUUGACUUGAAAGAGAAUGGUAAAAUAAAUGAAACUGAUGCAGAUCUCAAAAGAAAAAAUGAACUAGAUUACACAGCUGAGCUCAACAAGUUGGUUUCGGAAGAUCAAAAGAAAAGGAAUGGGGGUCUUGAUGAUAGCAUUUUGGGUCAAAUUACGUUAAAGGAAGAUGACCAUGUAUUUGAAGGGAGUUGCCAUGUAGUUGAUCUUCGUCUAACAAGUGGCGCUACAUUACCAGAUGAUCUUGACACUCCAUGUGAUGUUGAUGGUAAAGACAAUUAUCAUGAUGAGAAAGCUACAAAUAUUAAACUGGACACAGAAAGGCCACAAUGCAGAAUCAGUACAAUUGAAGCCAGUAAUAAUGAAUCUGAUGAUGAAAAUGAGAUGGUAGAUGCGUUUUGUUCGGAUUUUCAAAAGGAAAAAAAGGAAAUAUUGGAUGAAAUACCUGAAUCUGAAAGUGAGGAAACAGUGAAAGAUUAUGGAACAGGGACCUGUAAUAACUUAGAUGAAAAAUUACCGUGUGUUGGUUUGCUUUUACGAGUUGGCAGGAAGAGUAUUUUCGAUGAAGAACUGUCGCAAAAGGACUUAAAAUUGAAAGUAAUCCCAGUUCCUCCAGGCUACUUUAUGAGGGGAUUGAGAUUUAAAAAUGUAGAAGACGAUUUUUCCUUGGACUUUUUUGAAAAAAUUGUGAAAGGAGAUGAACGAUGUCAUAAGAAGCUUACUUCACUGGAAUCCAGAAUAAUAGCGCUGAGAAAUGUUUCUUGGUUACCGAUACACGAACUCCCUGUUCCGAAAGUUGAGAUAGAUGUGCACUAUGUUGACCAGUUCCCGCCUUUAAUAGCAAUCAUUACCCAAAUCGCGGAGGGAAAUACACCAAGGCCACAGAUAUCCAUGCGCUAUGAGCUCCUGCGUCUGUGCACACUGAGAACCUUCCCGAGGGAAAACAAGCCAUACCUGAUCAAGCUUGCUGCAGCGGGCUUUUACUAUGCUUCUGACGGAGAUGGUGUUGUCUGUUAUUGCUGUGGCAUUCGCCGAUAUGGAUGGACAGAUAGAGAUGAUCCCACAUCAGUUCACAAACGAAUCAACCAACACUGUAAAUUUUUCAAGAAAAAUGCGGAGUACAAUGUUCCAGCUAUUGCAUUUGGUCCAAUAGGGCUGAAAGAAGCUUUUCUUGAUUCAAUUGCCGAUUGUGAAGUACUGAAUUACAGCGAGGACGUCAACAAUAGUAUGGACAACAAUCAAAGCGGUCAGCCAUCAGUGACAAACAGGCCUGGGCUAGGAAUCCAGACAUUGAUGCCAAAGCAUCCGCAGUAUGCUACGAAGAUCCAACGUGAGAGCAGUUACAAUGGUUGGCCAAACACCUCCCGUCAUACACCGAUUGAGCUUGCAGAUGCCGGGUUCUUCUUUGCAGGGUUUGGGGACUGUGUGAGGUGUUUCCAUUGUGGAAUUGGUCUGCGUCACUGGGACAAAGAUGACAAUGUAUGGAUCGAGCAUGCACGUUGGUCGAAGGACUGUGUGUUCUUGCUGCAGAAGAAGGGUGGCCCGUUUGUUGAGCUGGUACAGCUGUGUGUUCAAUACACAAAUGAGCUCGAGGACCAAACAGGCGCAACUGGACUGAGUAAUCUAGAGAAGUACCUGGUCGGUGAUGCUGCACAGUUUGUUCUCACACAAGGUUUCACACCACUGCAGAUCAAGGAAAGUCUAGAGGCUAUUCUUUCAAAAGAUUCGAAUGCAAGCAUAAAUGGUGAGAUUCUUCUGCAAAAGGCGACUGAAUUGCAUGGGCAGAAAAAUGAAACACCAUCUGAAGACAACACCACUCCAAAAGGCAGCGAGUCUACCCCGGAAGCAACAGAAAAUCGAGCUGGUGGUAAAACUAGUGAGGCUGCUGUGGUUGAUCCAAAGGUUAUCAAAGAAGAAAACGAGCAACUCAGAGAACAGACUGUUUGCAAAGUUUGCCAGGACAACUCGGUCAGUAUCGUGUUUCUACCAUGCGGUCACCUGGUUACGUGCGUGGACUGCGCUCCGGCCAUGAGGAAGUGUCCUAUAUGUAGAGCUGAUGUGAAAGGGACUGUUCGUACAUACAUGAGUUAAAUUCUCCAAAUAACAACAUUUGGCUUAUAAUUAUAAUAUGUAUGGACAAUUUAUGAAUAAGUAAUCAGUUUUUGGCCAUGUUUUCGUAUUGUUUUUCGUUAUAUUGAACUUUUAAGAGCGAUGUGAUUGGUUCAUCGUAAUUAUGUAUGAACAUAAUCAAAGAUCAUGCUUUCCAAUAUGGUACUAAUGUGGAAAACACGCAUCAGAAUUUGCAAAAAAAUACAUAAAAAGGCUUAGUUUGUUAAACUUUCAUAUGGAAGAGUUUUUUAGAAAUUUUGCUGCCAGCAGACAUUAAAAUUUAUCAGGACUUGAAAAUCACUUUAUUUUUUUACUAUUAUAAAAUACAUGACCUUGAUUGUUGAAUUAUUCUUGAGUUUCUUAGAACAGAAUCAACCUAACCACUGGUUUUUGUUUUGGUGUAAUCAGUGUUAUAUUUUGAAGAGUUUUAAAACAUUUAAGAGAAGUUAUAUUUAAGAUAAACAUGAUAAACUACUUUUUUAUGUUGACAAAAUUUCUUUAAGUAACUAAUUUGAAUUUUAAAUGAAAGCGUGUUAUGUGUAAAGAUUUUUGCAAAAAAUGGGUCCUGAAUGCAUUUUUUUCUCUUUCGAAUUCUUACUGUUGUACGAUAUUUUGCAGUGUUUUCUAUGUUUUCGUUUUAUGCAUUUAAUAAUAUGUAACACGUAGACAAAAGUAAGUAUGCAAACUACAAAAAAUAACAUGUUAUUUACAUUAAUAUUUCAAUAUACACACAUUACUUGAUGAUUGCACUGUUUUCUUAGCUUAGCUUCUUAGCUUUUCAUUAAAUAUCCAGUACAAAAUACAACCUACACCCAAAACUCUUUAUCAAAAUUGUAUGGAACUCAAACUUGAAGUGAAUACUUUUAAUAAUAAAUCAGGUAUUGGUUACUAUAACCAUUACAAAUUCUACUAAAUUACAAGUUUGACAGGCAAUUUUGAAAAUCCUAAAAAUGGAUAAAAGUAAUUGUAUUGAAACAUGUUCUGUAUAGCCAUUGAUUGGAGUCCACAUGAUGUCUGAUCAUUUAUUAUGUAUAUGUCUUUAUGGUGAUUGUAUCAUCUUUUUUUGAGAAUAAUUGCAAAGCUGAUUUGGUAAUCAUAGCGACUGUUUUAGCUUUUUAAUUGCAAUCUAAAAUUAUUGUAUUGCUCAUUUUCGCGUUUUUUUAAUUAUAAACAGAAGUUAUAAAAAGUUUCCUUUACAAAAGUAUAUGUUGUGAAAAUUAAAAAAAUUAACCAUAUAUUUUAUUUCAGAAUGUCAUAGUUUCUAGAUAUCCAGGGACCCUUUUUAAUAAGAUAUCUAUAAAGUCCUAAACAUUACGUUACUUAAGUGUGCUUAGGGACACUCGUAAUUUUUUGGGAAGAAUCUGUGUGAUAAAUGCCCUUUGAAACUCGGCUUUGUCAAAAAGGGAGUUACGCCUAGAAAGUCACAAUUAAAAGCCUUACAAUCUUUAUUGAAUUGGGCCCAGAUGCAUUCGUUCCUUUAUAGCAUUUGAAUGGCUGCUACUGUGACCUGCAUACAGCUUUAUCAUAUUAUCUUAAUAUAUAUUUUAACAAAAUACUCUAAUCCUUCUACAUAACAGCUUGAGCAGUGAAUGAGUUAUAAUUCUUUUUCAAUGUACAUGUAUGUGGUGAUGGCUUCUUUAACUCUUCCAUUGUUGCGUUUCUUUCUUUUAAACAAUGUGAUGACCAAGUUUUAUUAUUUAUAUUUUUUGGUUUUAUGUUAAAUAAUAAAAAUAAUUGUAUUAUUAAAAAUCCAUACUGUUUAAUUUUGUCAUUUCAAAAUUGGCUUUUAUUAAACUCCUGAAACUAGUAUACUAAGUGUUAGUCCGAGCACUUUAACUUGGUUUCUCAUUUUGAUGUUAGUUUUUCUCUUACUUUGCUUAAGUACAUUAUCCUAAGUUUGUAUUUGUUGAAUAAAAGUUUGUAUUUU